UAAAACUCGAUUUCAUAUACUCAAAGUGCCAGUCAUUCGAUAUUUCAAUAGACGUUGACACGUUUUUUUUCAUUUACGUUAUUUUUCAUUGUAUUUAAAAAUACAAUGGGUGUACGCGCAAUCAAUGAUGAUAGCCAAUUUUAUGGGGAAAUGUCUAGUGCGGGUACAAAAUUGGUCGUGGUCGAUUUCACAGCAACAUGGUGUGGUCCUUGCCAAAGAAUUGCACCAAUAUUUGAACAACUAUCAUCGAAAUAUCCAAAUGCAGUGUUUCUUAAGGUUGAUGUAGACAAAUGUGCAGAGAUUGCUGCAAUGCAAGGAGUUAGUGCAAUGCCUACAUUCAUAUUUUAUCGCAAUCAAACAAAAUUGGGCUUAUGUCAAGGAGCUGAUCCAGUUGGAUUGGAGUCAAAAAUACAGCAAUUUUAUGGCAGUGGAGAUUCAGAGGAUUCUGAGAGUCCAAUAUCUGGACAUAUGGAUCUGUCUAGUUUCAUUACAAAGGUACAAUGUGAAUGUUUAAAUGAAUCUGAUGAUCACAACUUCUUACAAUGCUUAAAUUCUGAUGAUGGAUAUUUGGAAAGUGAAUGUGAUGAACAACUAAUUUUAUCUAUUGCAUUUACGCAAGCAGUUAAAGUGCAUUCUUUGAAAAUUAAAGCUCCCAAAGACAAGGGACCAAAAAAUAUCAAACUGUUUAUUAAUCAACCAAGAACCAUUGAUUUUGACAUGGCCGAUUCUAAUACAAGCAUUCAAGAUUUGACAUUAUCAGCAAAGGAUAUUGAAGAAGGUAAUCCAAUUUCCUUGCGUUAUGUAAAGUUUCAAAAUGUACAGAAUAUACAAAUAUUUGUAAAAGAUAAUCAAAGUGGUAGUGAAACAACAAGGAUCGAUCAUUUAGCUAUAUUUGGCUUACCAAUUUCAACAACAAACAUGGGAGAAUUCAAAAGAGUGAAUGGAAAAAAAGGAGAAAGUCAUUAACAAUCGGUUUACAUGUAAUGAAACAUAAAAAACUAUGUUGUGUCAAAUAAACUUUCCAUGGCCAUU